AUGUCCUGGCCGCGAUCACAGCUUUUCGAGAUUGGAGACUUAUCCUGGUGUCCCUCCUGGCUUCACCAGCACGAGCAAUUUACCUUGACCAAACUCUGGACUCUCAAGUUUCCGCCUUGGGGCCGCGAGAGUCUCGCAACAAAAGCAUGUGAGGUUUUCAAGGAGCACAUGCAGGAUCUUUCAUCCUACACUGUUCUCGACAUCUGUGCUGGGUCGGGAGGUCCUACCCCGGUCCUCGAAUUUGAACUUAACAGGGAACUUGAAGCCCAAGGCGAAAAGCCCGUCCAGUUCAUUUUAACCGAUAUUAAUCCACACAUCGAAGCGUGGCAGCAACUUUGCAAGAAACAGAAAAAUAUAUCAUAUAUUGUAACUCCAGUCGACGCCCGAGCCGUUCCUCGACUUGGAAACAAGAAGGAAUGCCGUAUUUUCAAUAUAUGUUUCCAUCACUUUAGUGAUGAAGACGCCGCGGGCAUUUUGAAGAGCGCAGUAGAGUCGGCUGAUUCGUUUAUCAUAUUUGAAGCAACGUCUCGUGAUGUUGCCACCUGUCUUUCCACCAUACUCAUGUUCUUCUUUACUUUCGUCGUAACCCUAUGUUGGUUUUGGCACUCGCCCGUCCAUCUCCUCUUUACCUACAUCUUGCCCCUGUCUCCGUUGACGCUCUGGAUUGAUGGCCUUAUAUCUUGUCUCAGGACACGCACAAGUCAGGAGAUUAGUGAUCUUUUGGAUCAGCCAGGGCUGGAUCUAAGCAAAUGGACCUUUCAUAGUGGGACAAAGAUUGUGAGUUGGCCUGUAGUUAGCUUGCGCUAUUACGCUGGUGUCAAGUCUGGCUAA